CGACCGCAAUUGGAGAGCAACUGUAAUCUGCAGUGGUAAUCUGUCAACUAAUCUAUACUCACUCUGCGGAAGGUGUACGAUUGCCCAAGGUCUCUCCCUGUCUCUCCCUUGCCCGGAGCCCAGCGACGACUUUUGUCGGCAAAACAAUUAGCUCACUAUGGCGAGCGAAGUUGGCGAUGCACAACAACAACCCGGUUGGGAUCAUGAUAGCACAGAAGAUGGGCCGGAUGGGCUCCAGUCCACCGAACAGCAUAGCGACAGCAAUGUUCAAAAUCAACAGCUUCAAGCUACCUCUGUUGCACACGGUGACUCCGAAGAUGCUGCAGAAUAUGAUCCAGACUCCGUACCCCUUGCCAUCACAAGCCCCAAGGCUAAAGCACUGAAGCCAUCCCCCCAACCUGCUGCUGCCAAGAAGCGAAAGACUGCUGGGGGCUUCCUAGUGGGAGACUCUGAUGACUCCGAGGAUGAGAAUCCUCCAGCUGCUGCCGCCGAAAUGCCUGAUCUCAAACCCAAGCCCGAAUCAUCUCCUGUCCCUCAAAAUCUUAAUGGUGGUGCGCAGGUGUCAGAGUCUAGUUCAGGGCCGGGUGCCCAGUCUCAUGGUUCGAAUCAGAGUCAUCCCAGUGUCGUGCCUCCUGUGUUGUCCCAUGAUCCUAUCGCGUUGCUAGAACUUCGUGUCAAGGAAGAUCCAAGAGGCGCUAUGGACUCUUGGCUGUCCCUGAUUGCCGCGUAUCGGCAACGAAACAACAUUGAGCAGUGUCGCGAUGUAUUCGAACGCUUCUUAGCAGUCUUCCCUCAUGCAGCCGAAGUCUGGGUUCAGUAUGCGGAUAUGGAGCUCGGUCAAGGGAAUUUCGUGGAGGCAGAGGCUAUCUUUGGCAAGUCGUUGAUGUCGGUUCCAAAUGUCCAGCUGUGGACUGUUUAUCUUGACUACAUCCGCCGGAGAAACGACUUGAACGAUUCUAGUGGCCGAGCGCGACAGGUCGUCACCCAGGCCUAUGACUUCGUCAUCGACAACGUCGGCCUUGACAAGGAUGCCAGCAAGAUAUGGAGCGACUAUAUCCAGUUCAUUCGUCUUGCCCCUGGCGUCGUAGGUGGCUCAGCCUGGCAAGACCAGCAGAAGAUGGACCAGCUUCGAAAAGCUUACCAAAGGGCCGUGUGCAUACCCCUCUCAAAUGUUAACACAUUAUGGCGAGAAUAUGACCAAUUCGAAAAGGGCUUGAAUCCCACCACCGGCCGCAAGUAUCUCAACGAACGUUCACCGGCGUAUAUGACUGCCAAGAGUGCCAACACCGCUCUUGAGAACAUCACGAGAAACCUGGUCCGAACAACUCUGCCUAGACUUCCCCCGGCCCCAGGGUUCGAGGGGGAUGUCGAAUUUGCGGAACAGGUUGACCUUUGGAAACGCUGGGUCAAGUGGGAGAAAGAAGACCCUCUGGAUUUGGCAACCGACGACCCAGAACUGUUGAAAAAGCGUAUCCUCUACGCAUAUAAACAAGCCAUCAUGGCUCUUCGAUUUUGGCCUGAAAUCUGGGUCGAUGCUGCGGAAUGGUGCUUUGAUAACAGUAUUUUGGUUAAUGGCAAGGACGCUGGCUUGGAGUUCCUCACGGAAGGCAUCGAGGCGAAUCCGGAGAGCGUGCUCUUGGCCUUGAAACAUGCUGAUCGCAUCGAGACCACGUUUCCCAUUGGCGAGGGUGACGAGGCCAAGAUAGAAAGGGGAAAUGCCGUCAAGGCCCCUUAUAACAAGCUUCUUGACACCCUAUAUGGACAGAUAAAGACCCUCAAGGAGAAGGAGAAAGCGGAGAUUGUCAGGCUUCGCGAGAGUGCGCCUUCUGUACCUGAGCAAGAGAUCGAAGAGGGUGAAGAUUGUGCCAAUCCAAUGCCAAGCGAACUCGAGGAGAAGAUAUCAGCCGUCGAAAAAGGAUUCGGCGCCCAGACAGACUUGCUCGCUAGGACCGUGUCGUUUGUCUGGAUCGCGCUGGCCCGGGCCAUGCGCCGCAUUCAAGGCAAAGGCCAACCUGGUUCACCAAUGGGAGGAAUGCGACAAGUCUUUUCUGAGGCUCGAAAGCGCGGUCGCUUGACGAGUGAUGUCUACGUCGCGAUCGCCCAGCUUGAGUGGACUGUUUACAAAGACCCAUCUGGAGGGAAGAUAUUUGACCGCGGCUCCAAACUUUUCCCCGAGGAUGAAAUGUUUAUGUUGGAGUACCUGAAAUAUCUUCACUCCCGAGAGGAUACAACCAAUGCCCGGGUUGUUUUCGAGACAUGUGUCAACAAGCUCACUCAAAACCCAGCCACUGUCCACAAGGCAAAACCCCUCUACUCAUACUUCCACAAGUACGAGUCCAAGUUCGGCGAGCUUUCACAGACGGCAAAGCUGGAAAAACGGAUGGCUGAGCUGUUCCCUGAGGAUCCCUCUUUGUCCCACUUUAGUGCGCGCUUUAUGUCGGACCGAUUCGAUCCAAUCGCCGCCAGGAUAAUUGUAUCCCCAGCUGCCCAGCUUCGCCCUAAAAUGGUUAUGCCUUCAAUUGAGACCACCGCGCGGGCGGGUAGCCCCAUGGUUCGUCCGCUGAACAGUCCCAAGGCGGGCUUCCUACAGGCGGUCAACUCACCGAAGCGCCCUCUGCCUGCGGAUGAUUUUGAAGACCUCAACCCACCCAAAAAGAUACAGCGCAACGACCAGCGGGAGUUCCAACGAGCAGAAUCGCCACUCAAAGGCGCCGCCGGUCGUCGGCUCGAAAACCAACGCAGGAUCCAUGGCCAAGGUCCCGCAUCCUACAACACAGCGCCUGCCCCAGCUAUCCCCCGCGAAAUCAACUUUCUUCUAAGUCAGCUUCCAGGGGCGGAGGUGUACAACUCAACUCGCCUAAGUGCGCCGCGGGUGGUUGACAUGCUUCGCGAAACCCAUGUCCCUGACUAUCAAAGCUGGAAAUCGCGACAAGACAAGGGCCUUCGGCAAAGUGGUGCUCAGAUGCCGUCGGACUUUUCCAACCCAGGAUACGGUCGAGACUCGCCCGGCCUAAGGACUGGGAGUCCCUUUGGCGGCGAUAGACGAGUUGCAUCGGCCUCUAGUACGUACCAACGUCCGGCCUCCAGGGACUCCUAUGAACCACCGCCUCCCUCUGGAUAUCAGCCACCUUCAGCGUCUUUACAGUACCCCCCUGCAGCACCAUCAUAUGACAACCAACAUACACAUGGAGCCUGGCCUACUCCGCCACAUCAGCUCCCCUACGGAGCACCACCGCCAGCACAAAACUAUGCACAGCCUCCGCCUCAACUCUAUCAAAGUUCCACAGGACAGCAACAAACUCAGCCACCAUAUGGAACCUAUAGAUACUAGCACAGGAGUAUUGUGUAACCGAAAAGUUAGAUAGUGACAGUUGCGCUGAGCAAUUUAAAAUUAAAUC